CGACAUGAUUCUUUUUAGGGUGGCGCUAGUAAAUAUUCAUUCACUUAUCGUUUUUUUAAGAAUUUAAUUGUUUAUUUAAGCAACUUCAAUAUAUAUAUAUAUUUAAAAGGAACAAAUAAUGUUUACUAUAUCUGGACAUAAAACAACAAAAAUUGUACCAGGAGAAUUUUAAUAUUCAUUAAUCCAAUAACAAAACUGUGACGUCACUGGGAAUAAUACACCUUAUCAAACAUGCUGCAAUUGUUUUGUUUUGAUUGAAAAAUAAACGACCGGUGUUAUUGUGGUUUAAAAGAUUAUAAAAUGAGCAUUAAGAUAUAUUUACCGACUAGCUUUUAUUAUCUUAAGAAGCCCACCAAUUUGUACGGCCAAGUUCAAAUUAAUGAAGAUAAUGUCGUAGCAUAUUACAUUGUGGAAGCAGCAGAUUUGGAGUUUCGCGACAAAACCAUAAAUCAUGAAUCAAGCAAUAUGCGUUUCUUGGGCUCUAUACUAAAUGAUGACUUUAGCGCAGAUCAAAAUCAAUAUCUUAAGUUUAAUAUGCGACUAUGUUUUACAUACAACAGCAGUCAGUCAAAUAUAUCUCUGGUUUACAUUGGAAUUACCCCGGAAUAUCUAAAGCACAUAAAACUAAUACUUUAUGAAAAGCAAAUGAUGCGAAAUCUGUUUGUUAGCGGGAAAUCUGUGAAGCAUCUACCAAUAGAAUAUGACAACAAUGAUAGCAAUGACUGCGACUUCCUUGAGCUAUCUAGAUUAACACAAUCUCCAGUUGAGACUCAAAACAAUCCAAAGACUAAUACCAAAAAGAGUUUACUAUAUGUUUUAAAUAUCAUUGCCGACUCGCCAAUAACGAUGUUUAAAUAUAUUGCUGAAAAUAUAUUUGUUAAUAGUAUAAUGGUUCAUACAACUAUAUAUAAGCAUUUUAAGGAAUGGCAGUUAACGUGUGAUAAAAGAUCUUGCCUGGCUAAUAUAGCACUUGAUAGAAUACUGGGGAUUAUACUAAUGUUAAUUCUUUUAUCACUUGCGGCACAGCCGGGUGAUUUUCUAAUACAAAUAUCCCACUACGUUAUUGACGAAUUAUACAUCCUAUUGAAAGUAUUAGAGGGCAGUCCUAUUGGUCUCAAGUUAAAUAUACAUUUAAAUAACUUCUUUCUUGACUGCUUCAAAUACCAUAUUGAAUUGUGGUCUACAUUUCUGGAUUUCAUCGAACCUUUGGUGCGACAAGUUUUUCUGGCCAUUGGAGCAUUUGGAUGUCUGGGUCUUACAUUCCAGAUGGCACUUCUUGUAGACUUAAUAUCCAUAAUUGGUUUACAUUCGCAUUGUUUCUAUAUCUAUACCAAAGUGCUAUACAAUGUGGAGAGAAAAGGUCUUUCGGUUCUAUGGCAAGUGGUUCGAGGAAAUCGUUACAAUAUUUUAAAAGGUCGCACAGAGUCUCAUAAUUAUAUGAACCGACAAUUAUAUCUUGCCACAAUAUUUUUUUCUGCCAUUCUGUUCUUAUUUCCCACUACCCUUGUCUACUAUAUCGUUUUUGCUGCUCUGAAGGCGCUUACGUUUGCAACUCUAAGCAUAUUUGAGUUUUGUCGAAGAAAAAUUUUGUAUCUUCCGAUUGAAAGUUGUUUAAAGCGGUUAUUAAAAGGAUGUCAUGACAUAGAUUGUCUUCAAAUUAAGGAUUUUUCAUCACACGAAAAAGCUUUUCUGAUACAUAAACAACAGAAAAUCAACGUGACAGUGUAUAAAAUAACAACUUUAUAAGGCAAUUAAGACCAAAUAUAAAAAAUACAAAAAUCGAAA